AUGGCGAUUUCAUUUUGUUGGGAAAGUAAAAUCAAAGAGAUGUUCAAUGUUAACAUUAACGUAUCGCGUGUGACAUGUAAAUAAUAAUCGAGAUUCCGUUUAUGUAAUACUGAAGAAACUAUUUUGGCCUUCGAAGGACAAUAUAUAUUGCAUAUUCGAUGCGUUUUCGGUGAUACGUUUCUGACAGCAUGUCCGCAAUGGCCGAUGACUCUACUUCCCUGCCAAAAAGGCGUCAAUUGCGAGAGAGGACUCGAAAGCUGUACACAGAUGACUGGACUCUCGGCGAUGAAGAGAUCGAGGGUCGUAGGACUUUUCAGCUGGAUGAAAAGAUCGAAUGUGAAAGAUACAACCUCAACAAUUUUUCGGGAUUGUUCCGUGAAAUGAAUGGUUCCGAACUAAACUUGGCAUAUCUUCAAAAGCACGGUCUCAGCAUACCGCUGCUCUUCAGGGACAAGACUGGAUUAGGACUGAGAGUUCCUAGUUCUAACUUUUCUGUCAACGAUGUCAGAACUUGCGUUGGUUCAAAGAGGAUAUUGGAUGUCAUGGAUGUUAAUACACAGAAGAAUGAAGAUAUGACGAUGAAAGAAUGGCAAAAGUAUUAUGAAGAUCCCAAUAAAGAACGACUGCUAAACGUAAUUUCAUUAGAAUUUAGUCACACGAAGUUAGAGAACUAUGUCCAGUCACCUGAAUUAGUAAGGCAGGUCGAUUGGGUAGAUGUCGUGUGGCCGAGACAUCUUAAAGAUGCACAAGUAGAAUCUACUAAUUUACUAGAGGAUAUGAUGUAUCCGAAAGUACAGAAAUAUUGUUUGAUGUCUGUAAAGGGUUGUUACACUGACUUUCACGUUGACUUUGGUGGUACCAGCGUUUGGUAUCAUAUUUUAAGAGGUGGUAAAAUAUUUUGGCUCAUCCCUCCUACAGAGAAGAACUUGUCUCUCUAUCAGGAGUGGGUAUUAAGUGGCAAACAGUCUGACGUGUUCUUCGGAGAUAUGGUAGACAGAUGCGGUAGGAUAAGUUUAACAGCUGGCAUGACAUUGUUUAUACCGACCGGCUGGAUUCAUGCUGUGUUUACUCCUCAAGAUUCUUUAGUAUUCGGUGGAAAUUUUUUACAUAGUUUCGGUAUUGAAAAGCAAUUGAAAGUUGCACAAGUAGAAGAGCAUACGAAAGUUCCGCAGAAAUUCAGAUACCCAUUUUUCACUGAGAUGUUAUGGUACGUAUUGGAGAGGUAUGUUCAUGUUCUCCUAGGUAGAAGCCACUUGGACAUUUCCGAAUUACAACGUCAACAUUUGGUACCGCAACAUCACCAACAUGUGCAUCUAACGCCGUUUGAGUUACAUGGUUUGAAAGCAAUAGUUAUGUACCUACACGCGUUACCUUCGACUAAGAAGAAUGUGCCCGAACUAAUUCGCGAUCCGGUUGCUUUAAUUCACGAUGUUCGGUGUCUAGUAGAACAACAUAGGCACGAUAAUCCGGAAGCAGCUGUAACAGGAAAUCCUGUUCUACCACCUCCGCCUCCCUUGUCAAUUGCCGAUAGGGAGCGUCUGAGGAUAACUAAGAAAAACUUUACAAAAAUACAGAGGCAUCACUCGCAAGAGAAAAGCUCCGAGAGGGCUUUCCCCCGACGAAGACGUACUAGGUGUAAAAAAUGUGAAGCAUGCACAAGGACUGACUGUGGGGAGUGCGUAUACUGUCAAGAUAUGGUGAAAUUCGGUGGUUCUGGUCGUGCCAAACAGACGUGCUUAAUGAGACAGUGUUUGAGGCCUAUGCUCCCGGUAACCGCUGCCUGCAAAGUCUGCCAGUUAGACGGAUGGGGACAAGCGCCUGCGCCAUUAAUGGGAAAGCCAAUACCUACAGCUUCGUCGAGUUUGGUAGAGUGCUCGAUAUGUUACGACAUUGCGCAUCCCGAAUGCGUAGGAGUAGAUGUUCAAAACAUAACCGUUAGUGACGAUUUACCGAACAGUUGGGAAUGUCCCGAGUGUUGCGAAAGCGGUCGAAAUUUAGAUUGUAGGCCACGUCAACCUAAAGCUCGUGCACGAAAGCUUUCGGUGUCUAGCGCGGCUUCCUCGGCACCAACUACAGAUUCCGAAAGAGCAACCACCCCAAGUAAACGUUCAAGACCCGAUCCCAGUGAUGCAUGGAAUGACAGAGAACCGGCCGAGGGUGAACAGCGAACAGCUUUGCGCACGCAACUGGCUGUACAAUUAACUGGUUCAAGUAGUAAAUCGUUGAAGAGACCACAUGUGGUGGUUAGGCCUCUUCCACUUCCACCUGUUCCAAGACCAGGACCCGAUUUUAAUGGACAAUCUUUAGCAUAUGACAAGACAGCGUUACUCGCUAUUUUUAGAUUUUUAAACGCGAAGGACCUGGCGAACUGUGCCUUGGUUUGUCGUACAUGGGCUAGAUACAGCAUAGAUCCUAGUUUGUGGAGAAAACUGGACAUGUCUCAUUCCCACCUAACAGCUUUACAUUUGACCGGUAUCAUACGUCGCCAACCGGAAAAUCUGUCCCUGGACUGGACGAACGUGACCAAAAGACAAUUAGCCUGGCUGUUAAGUAGACUCCCGCAGCUAAGAACGUUAUCUCUACAAGGUUGCACGUGGGCCGGAGUUUGUGCUCUGAGAACCUGCACUUGCCCGCCACUUGUCACCUUAGACUUAAGUCAUGUAUCCGGACUGAACGAUUCAAGUUUGAGAGAAGUUCUCAGCCCACCUACAGAUUCGAGACCUGGUCUGAUCGACAAGACUUCCAGAUUGAAACACCUUAAAAAUUUAUCUUUGGCUGGAUGUGAUAUAACCGACAUAGCUUUGAGAUAUAUAGUUCAACAUUUACCUUGUAUCGAAACGCUAGAUUUAUCUUCUUGCGGUAGAGUCACCGACGCUGGUGUGGCUCAAUUGGCGACUCCACCGGCGCAAGCGGUAGCUAACCUAUCAUCAUUGAAUUUGGCAAACUGUAGAUUACUCACGGAAACAACAUUAGACCAUUUGGCAAGAUGCAAAAUGCUUAAGCGUUUGGAUCUCAGACAUACGACUCAAGUCUCGACUCAGUCCGUAAUUAAAUUCGCUGCGAGAAGUAUUCAUAAUUUGCACGUGACCGACGUUAAGUUGGUAGAGGAGAAGAAGUUCAGUGUGGAAGUUACAGCUACAUGAAAAUGCCUGGCUAUUAUGAAGAUUUUCGGCAAGUGCAAUUCGGUUACCGUAUCAAGCCAUAAACUACGAUGAACGAUUAACAUCAUCACGGAUUUCAGUUAAUAAUUAUUUAUUAUCGUAAAAAAGAAUCCAUCUGCACUAUAACGCAUCUUCAUAAUCUAAGAAUGGACCUGAUUAGUAUAGUAUUUCUAUUCGAUAUUGUUUAGUUAACCGAUUACACUGUGCGAAAAUUGAUUUUGGACCGAUUAAGGACUGUAUUAUUGCUUGAUUUUAGUUAUUACGAUAUAGAUGCUGUCUUCCUUUAUGUUUAGACAAGUCCACGCAGCAGAAAUGUUUAAAUGAAUACAGGAUAUUAAAUAAGUAAUGCAGAUUCUAAACAAAUAUCUUUAAACGAUUAAGGUAAAAAACUGCACUAAUUCAAUUUAAAGUGUGUCGAGGUAUAGUCAUUCUUAGCAUUCCUAAUACUAAAAUGAUGACGUAAGAAAGCAACCUUUGCGCUAAUUGUGCAACCGACGAAAUCAUUACUCGCUUAAUAUUCAGUAUUCUAUUGAAUCGACAUAAAAUACUUUCAUUAAAGUUAAAAGUUCUUACUGUAUUGCCGUGAAAUCGUGCAUGCAGUAUUUCUUUUCUAUUCCUAUAUAAAAAAACACGAAUGCGGGUAAAAUAGAUAAUACAUUAAUGUAACGAUGCUACCAAUUGCCGAUAUAUUAAGAGAAAAGGAAGAAGUAUAUUUAUUUGUACGCGUAUAAUUCCAUAAAGAUUAAUUUACUAAAAAUUUGCAGAAUUAAGCUAGUUCGUUUAUAUGCGAACUUAUCUAUAAAACCGACAUCAUUAAUUCGAUUAAUUCGACUACAUCAUUUCAUGAUUAAUAGAUAGGUAAUUAACAUUAUGUGUAUAUUAAAUGAAUGUUUUACUUUUGACCUAAGCCAUGUUAUACGAAUGUUUUUAUGUAAGCGAAUGUACAUACACAAUACUUGUUUCUCCCCCUUUUUUUAUACGAACCAACUGUCUGCUUUAUUUCGUUAAUAUACAUAUAUUGUAUGCAUACUAUAUAAACCAUUCGAGAGUGAUAAUAAUAAUGUCGAGCAAUAAAAAUGUAAUUAUCAACCUGCACCUUAAAGCCGAUGAUAGCUCACAAAUGCUCACAGAUUCGUUAUUUGAAAUGUUACAUAUUGUGAAACGAGAUUAUCGAACACGUUUUAAACCACCGUACUAAAGUUCAGCGUACUUUUGAAUUUGAUAAGAAUUGGCAGUACCAUGAUUUUCACUAUUCCUGUUCAACACUUCGAAUUGCUUGUAAUAAAUAAAAUUUUUUACAACACGA